UUGCACCAGUAGAUUUGCCUCGAAUAGGACUAGUGUUCAGGUGGUUGAAAUGAGGACAAUCUCCCUUUGGCCAGACUGUUUUCUUCCCCCCACAAAUCCCAGCGCAAGUCAGGUGUCCGCCGGGACUAGUCUGGAAGCUCCCCUUCCAACCACAUUUCAUUUCUCUGCCUACCCCAAACGCCUUUCCCCCCCCUAUCAAUAAACCUAUUCUUUGGCAGUCCAGUCCUACUGUGAUUGCUGUUUCUCUGUUCAUUCUUUCCCCCGACUUUUAUUUUUUAUUAUUUUUUUUUCUUAACACCAGGAUUGAUUGUCUCCCCACACUGGUUCCCUCCAGUGCCGUCGAUCUUUUAUUUUGUCUUAUCAUUGGUUGCUUGCCAGUAUGCCUCUGGAAGCCCGCGUGAAAUCUGUCCUGUCCGGCGACACCGUCGUGCUGUCGCAUAUCACCAAUCCAGGACAGGAACGCACCUUGAGCUUGGCAUAUGUUUCAGCGCCCAGGUUGCGCAGAGAAGGCGAUGAGUCCUAUGCUUUCCAAUCCCGUGAAUUCCUUCGUGAGCUGCUCGUAGGAAAGGUCGUCCAAUUUAACGUCUUAUAUACCAUCCCUACCGGUGCCAAACGCGAUUACGGUACAAUCAAGCUCCCUACUUUUGAAGUCUUGUUGCCCGACAUUAGCGUCCAGGAAGGAUGGGUCCGCGUCCGCGAGGAAGCCGGUAAACGCGCCGACGAGUCCGAAGAGACCGCCGCCUUGUUACAGCGUUUGCGCGCUCUAGAGGAGCACGCUCAGUCCGAGGAGAAGGGUGUCUGGGCCGGAGCAGACAAGGGCCACACGGAGACCACCUAUAAACUUUCCGAUGGAAAGGCCCUCGUCGAGGAAUAUAAAAACAAGCCCCUGGAGGCUAUCGUCGAGAGAGUCUUGAACGGGGAUAGGCUGGUCCUUCGCCUGCUUCUUACUCCCCAGGAGCACCUGCAGGUUGUGGUUGCAGUCGCCGGUGUCCGGGCGCCAGCUGCCCGACGGGUGAACGCCGAGGGUAAGGAGCAGCCUGCUGAGCCGUUCGGAGAUGACGCACACCAGUUCGUCGAGUCCCGGUUGCAGCAGCGUAAGGUCCAAGUGUCCUUGCGGGGUGUCACGCCUCAGGGUCAAUUGAUCGCAACCGUUCUCCAUCCCAAUGGUAACAUUGCCAAGUUCCUUCUGGAAGAGGGCUUGGCCCGUUGCCACGAUCUGCACGCUCCCCUUCUUGGUGCUGAUAUGGCUAAUUUCCGCCGUGCGGAGAAGGCCGCCAAGGAUGCUCGGAAGGGUCUGUUUACUGGUCUGGUCGCAAAGGGUCCUGCUGGCGGGGCCGCCGAGGACUACAUUGUUAGCCGUGUGCUGAAUGCCGAUACUCUGUUCCUUAGAAACAAGUCUGGCCAGGAAAAGAAGAUCAGCUUGAGCAGUGUUCGCCAGCCGAAGCCAUCGGAUCCUAAGCAGGCACCCUUCGCGGCCGAUGCGAAGGAGUUUGCUCGUAAGAGGCUCAUCGGAAAGCAUGUUAAGGUGACCAUCAACGGCAAGAAGCCUGCUACCGAGGGAUACGAAGAAAGGGACGUUGCCACGGUCAUCCAGGGAAAUACCAACAUUGCUUUGGCUCUUGUCGAGGCCGGAUACGCUUCUGUCAUCCGUCACCGUCAAGAUGAUGACGACCGCUCCCCCGACUAUGAUUCUUUGCUGAUCGCUGAGGCUGAUGCUCAGAAGGACGGUAAGGGAAUGUGGUCCCCGAAGCCACCCAAGACGAAACAGUACCAGGACUACUCGGAGAGCGUCCAGAAGGCCAAGAUGGAAGUUUCCAUCCUCCAGCGGCAAAAGCGCGUGCCGGCUAUCGUGGACUUUGUCAAGUCGGGCUCUCGUUUCACCGUUCUGGUGCCUCGUGAGAACGCCAAGCUAACCCUCGUCCUCUCGGGUAUCCGCGCCCCACGAUCGGCCCGUAACCCCAAUGAAGCGUCUGAACCCUUUGGACAGGAAGCACAUGACCUGGCGAACAGGCGUUGCAUGCAGCGUGAUGUUGAAAUCGACGUCGAGACCAUCGACAAGGUUGGUGGCUUCAUCGGCACUCUGUACGUCAACAAGGAGAACUUCACCAAGGUCCUUCUCGAGGAAGGGUUUGCCACUGUUCAUGCCUACUCUGCAGAGCAGUCCGGACAUGCCACAGAGUACUUCGCAGCGGAGCAGAGGGCCAAGGAAGCCCGCAAGGGACUUUGGCAUGACUGGGAUCCUAGCAAAGAUGUUGAGGAGCAAGAGGAGGAGACCACUGAUAACAACACCGCUGAUGAAGCUCCUCAGCGCCGCAAGGAUUACCGUGAUGUAAUGGUUACUUACGUUGACCCCACCAACGGUCGCCUGAAGAUCCAGCAGAUUGGCACCGGCACCUCCGCGCUCACUGAGUUGAUGAAUGCAUUCCGCUCCUUCCACCUGAACAAGGCGAACGAGACACCCUUGCCUGGCCCUCCCAAGGCCGGUGAUUUUGUUGCCGCCAAGUUCACUGAGGAUAAUGAAUGGUAUCGCGCCAAGGUGCGUCGCAAUGACCGUGAGAAACAGCAGGCCGAGGUGCUCUACAUCGACUUCGGUAAUUCCGAGGUUCUUCCCUGGUCUCGCCUCAGGGCCUUGAGCCAGCCUCAGUUCUCCGUGCAGAAACUCCGUCCCCAGGCCGUGGACGCGGUUCUCUCCAUGGCUCAGCUCCCCGGUUCGGGUGACUACCUGCAGGAUGCUGCCGAGUUCCUGGAAGAGCAGCUCUACAACCGGGAGCUUGUGGCCAACGUUGACUACGUUUCUCCCGAGGGUACCCUGCACGUUACUUUGAUGGACCCCACCGAGUCCAAAAACUUGGACCACAGCAUCAACGCUGACCUCGUGCGGGAGGGUCUCGCCAUGGUGCCCAGAAAGCUGAAGGCCUGGGAACGUUCUGCCGCGGACACGCUGACCCACCUGCGUAGCCAGGAGGAAGAGGCCAAGCAGGAGAGACGCGGUAUGUGGGAGUACGGCGACCUCACCGAGGACUAAAACGCUUUACUGGGACAUUGAGUUCUGGAGGUGAUGCAGGAAGGGAAUUUUUGUGUAUAAAUAUUUGCAGGUAAUCUACAAUGACUCACAGGAAAUGAGCUGUGUAUUAUGUUCUUUCUUUUACUUUUGGUCAUGUUAUCCUAUAGCAUAGUUGACCGGGUUUUGAAUAUGAAUGAAUACCAAAAGUUGGGUGGGGAUUUACCCCAUGGAAUUGCCAUCCGCGGGAUGCAGGGGUUUAUGCAUGAAUUUCUGACAUAAGCGGAACUAAAAGUUCACUAAUGCCCGACCCCGACU